AUGACAAAAGCAUCGACCAAAAAGAAACCAAGCACGCAUCAUAAGGUGGGCAAACGGUACCUCAAGUCACUCAACCAGCUUGAGAACAUGGCUGAGGUGGAGAAGAGCGUUAGAGAGACGUUUCAAGAGGCCCAGCGAACGGUUUCGGUUCACAAAACGCAGGUUGUAAUCUUGAAAACGUUGUAUGAGAGAAGUCGGGAGAUGGGCCAGUUAGACAAGUUUUCAGCCCUCAUCUGCAGGCUGAUCAACAAGACUUUGCCCCUGAAACGCAAUGAGCCCGCAGCGGACCGAAUUGUAAAGUUUGUUUCGUCUUUUACGACAGCAAUAAACCCAAACAUCAAACGUGAUGGCACAGUUGAGGAUUCGGAUGUUAUUGAUUUGGAGGAAGACGAGGCAUUUAGCGAGUACGUUGCAGUGGUGACAUCGCACUUGAUGCGAGGACUAGAGGCAGCAAACAGGAAUGUCCGAUACAGAGUGUGCCAUUUCUUAUCGCACAUGAUGCACAACAUGCCGGCGAUAGACAAGACACUGUAUGAAAAGUUGGCCCGGGAGCUGGAGGCCCGGAUAUACGAUAAAGAGCCGAGCGUGCGCAUGAAGGCGGUCGCAACAUUGGCAUCCAUGCAGAACCCGGAUGGUGCAGACUGCGUCAGCGAUGCUGCAAAGAAGCUUCGGGUCAUCAUGCAGAAUGACGCCAACCCGGAGGUUAGGCGGGUUUGUAUGAAGCAAAUCGAGAAAAACAGGUUCACGAACCGGUACGUGUUCGAGCGGGCGCGUGAUGUGAACUCGGUCAACCGGCGGUUGUUGUUUUCGCAGGUUUUGCCGCGGUUCGGCGAUUUCCGGACGAUCGACGCGGACGACCGUAACAGGCUCUUGAACUGGGGGCUCAAGGACAGAGACGACAAUGUGCGAAAAGCUGCCGUUGGCUGGAUCACCGGCAACUGGAUGGCCACGUUGAAAAACGACGUUUUGGAGUUUGUCGAGAGACUCAAGGUGACAGACAACGCGGUUGCCGAAGUUGCACUCAGAGACCUACUUGAGGCCAAGCCGGGUGUUGCCAAGAAGCUCUCGUUCAACGCGGAUGUGCUCAAGAGCUUGACCAGCGAGUAUGCACUCUUGUACCGGGUGUUUUUCCAGUAUUGCACGGAUCACAAUGAGCAGAAUUUGCUCGAUGAGAAUUUCCCGGAGGCAGCGGAGUUCGCCGACACAUUGCAGCUGUAUUUCCGGCGGCGGAGAGAGAACCUCGUGCAGAUCUCGACACAUAAGCGGGAGCUGGCGGGGGAUGAAUGCCCAAAUGUGCAUGUGGUGGACCCGGAGGAGUACGAUUAUGUAAUCAAGCAGCUUCUCACGGUUGCCUCUGGGUACGACUACCAGGACGAGUUUGGCCGCAGCAAGAUGUUGACCGUUUUGCGUGCGAUUCUUGCCCGGGAUGGGUUGAAUGCAGAGAUAGUUGAUGUGCUAGUUUUGUGUAUCAGACGUCUUUCGAUCAGCGAGCGUGAUUUUUCGCAGAUGAUCGUGGAAAUAGUGAACGACAUGCGUGAUGCUGCGUACGAGGAGGCGGUGAAGGGUAAGCCCGGUGUGGAUGACACAAUCGGAUCUGGAAAGCAAGCAGUUGGCGAAAGUUUGGGGUCCAGUGAUGAGGACGAAGAUGAGAAUGACAGCGAUGAGUUUGUAGACGCAGCAACGAGCAUGUCGCGGGCAUCGAUCCGCAAUGCAAACAGAAGCAGGCAGCAGGAGCUUGCCAAAGAGACGGCUGAGGUGGGCAUGCUAUCUGUUGAAUCGCUUGUGGACUGUCUCACGAUCACAAAACGCAUGCUUCAACUUGUCAGCAAGCCGCUCAAGGACAACAUGUACUUGGCAUCGAUUCUGCAAAGUUUGGUGCGUCCGGCUUUGCAGCGGCCCGAGGUUCAGGCAAGAGUGCUUGCACUAUCGUGCAUGGGUCUCUGCUGCAUGCUUGACCGGGAUCUCGCGGUCAGAAACAUGUUUUUGUGUGGUGUGUUUAUCACAAAAAGCGAUAACGACGAUCUCAUCGUUGCAGGCUUGAAAGUAAUCACCGACUUGUUGGCCGUGCAUGGAGUUUCCAUCUUGGGCGUUGAUGUUGAAGGAAGCAUCGACUCCAUGGCCGUUGCCAAGCUUUUCUACCGCACUUUGAGAGACAGCAGCCGGAAAACUGUCCAGGCUGUGUCUGGCGAGGCCUUGUACAAGCUCUUUCUUUCAGGUGUCAUCAACGAUGAUGAGCUUUUUGAGACCACGCUUCUUGCGUACUUCAACCCGGCCAUCAACGACAACGAGGCCUUGAAGCAGUGUCUCUCCUUCUGCAUUCCCGUGUUUGCCUUUUCACACGUUUCUCACCAGGAGCAGAUUGCUCGAGUUGUCGCAGACACGUUAAUUCGACUCUUUGGCAGCUGGGAUGACAUGAAGGACCAGGCUGGCGGCCAGAUGCCGUUUACUCCUCAAAAUAUCAUCGAACAGCUUCUCUACUGGACGGAUCCCUACAGAAUUGUUGGCCAAGACCCGGAGGAUGCGAAAAAAAGCUGCAUCCAGAUCGAUGUCGGGUUGCAGUUGCUAAAAGUGCUCGAGCGGCUCGACAGCAGCCAAAACCAGAAAUCUUGCGUGCGUGCAAUCUUCUCGAUGCUUCCCAAGUUGACGUUUACGGAGAUGGCCGGGUUGUCCAAGUUGCAAGAGUUGCUAGCAGCUUUAGAGAGUGAGACCUUACUGCAGGGAGAAAUAGAAGAGGCUUUGAAGAAUUCGCACUAUCGGAAUGCGUUUGCUAAGCUUGAGUUGUACAUAGAGGCCUGCAUAGAGAAGGCAGAGGAGGAUCCGGCCUUGGCAGAACAUGUAAAGAGUGAAAAAGUGGUGGCCAGAGAUGCAACCACGGCCGAGUCGUUUUCCGCAUCGAUCGACGGGGCAAACGAGUCUCCGGUUGGCCACAGCUCGUUUAUUGUUGAGGAAGAUGGCAAAAAGAGGAAGGCCGAGGCUGGUUUGGAGAAUGAUCUGCCGAAAAAGCUGAAGGUGGAAGAUGAGAGCAAGGAGGAAAAUAGAGAGGAGGAAAAUAGAGAGGGAAAAAAUAAAAAGGAAGAAAGUAGAGAGGAGGAGAAUAGAGAGGAAGGAAAUAGAGAGGAGGAAAAUAGAGAGGAGGAAAACAGAGAGAAUUACGAAAUAGAGAAUCCUACAGAUGUAAAAGUGAAAGAAGCUGUAAGGGAAAGAAAGCAAGAAGUAAAGAAAGAUGCACAGAAAAGAAUGCAAAAAGUCAAGGAAGAUGCACAGAAAACCAUUGAGAAUAUUCAUCAAGUAAAGAUUGAGAAGGUUCAACGAAUCAGCACAUCCAAAAAAGCUACCAAACACUCCUCCGCUACCAGAAAGCAUUCAUCCAAAGUUAAAAAAGAGUUCGUUCAGCAUGACUCCAGCUCUGAGUCUGAUUACGGAGACGAUAGUAGUAUAAUAAUCAUCAGCGAUGAUGAAUAA